CUUCGCAGUAAAUGUGUCCCUAAACGUCGUUUCCUCUCCUGUGCGCAUGUAGACGGCAUGGGGAAGAAGAAAGCUGCGACGUGCGGUUUAGGAAGAGCUUUGAUACGAGAUCGAACCCAAAGCCAACGAGGGCAACGGGUCAAAGACUCCUGGCUCCACACCAGUGAAUUAAAUGAUGGAUAUGACUGGGGGCGGCUGAAUCUACAAUCCGUCACAGAGCAAAGCUCUUUAGAUGACUUUCUUGCUACAGCAGAGCUGGCAGGGACAGAAUUUGUUGCAGAGAAACUCAAUAUUAAGUUUGUCCCUGCUGAGGCCAGAACAGGUUUACUUACAUCCGAGGAGUCAAAAAGAAUUCAGAAACUACAUGAAGAGAAUAAACAGUUUUUAUGUAUACCAAGAAGGCCCUAUUGGGAUAAAAACACCAGUGCAGAAGUUCUCAAGCAAUCCGAGAGAGAAAGCUUUUUGGAAUGGAGACGUCAGCUUGCUCGGCUAGAAGAAGAAAAGAAGUUGAUUCUGACACCGUUUGAAAGAAAUCUGGACUUCUGGCGUCAGCUAUGGAGAGUCAUUGAAAGGAGUGAUAUAGUGGUACAGAUUGUGGAUGCAAGAAACCCUCUUCUGUUUAGGUGUCAAGAUUUGGAGCGAUAUGUCAAGGAAAUAAACGUGCACAAAGAAAAUAUUAUCCUAAUUAACAAGGCUGACUUGUUAACAACAGAACAACGACAGUCCUGGGCAGAUUUCUUUCAAAAAGAGGGAGUAAAAGUAGUCUUCUGGUCGGCAUUGGCAGAAGCAGAAAGACUUGCUGCUGAUGCAAAGGAUUGUCUAAUGGAGGAAGCCGGAGAGGAUGAAGAAGACACCACAGAUGAUGAAGAAAGUGAAGAUGAAGCAAACCAAAGUGAAACAGAUGCAACUCCUUCUAAUGAAGACAUGGAGAGUAGCGACACAAGUGAUGAGUACGAGGACUGUGAGGAGGACGAAAGCUGGCAGACCUGCUCUGAGGAAGCAGAUGAAGAAAAUGAGGCUCCCUUCCAAGAUACUGAAAAGAAACAGGACACCGUGAUCUGUAAUCACAGCCACUUAGUGCAAAGAGAUGAGCUUCUAGAAAUAUUCAAGUCAAUACAUACUGGGUCAAGAGUUAGAACAGAGCAGAUCACAGUGGGUUUGGUGGGCUAUCCAAAUGUCGGAAAAAGUUCAACUAUAAACACAAUCCUUGGAGACAAGAAAGUUUCUGUUUCAGCAACGCCUGGGCACACAAAGCAUUUCCAGACGCUGUAUGUGGAGCCCGGACUUUGCCUUUGUGACUGUCCAGGACUUGUGAUGCCAUCAUUUGUCUCAACGAAAGCAGCAAUGAUAUGCAGUGGUAUUUUACCUAUUGACCAGAUGAGAGAUCACGUCCCACCGAUCUCUCUCAUAACCCAGCUUAUCCCACGACCUGUUUUAGAAGCUACCUAUGGAAUUAACAUCAUCAGGCCCAGAGAAGAUGAAGAUCCAAACCGGGCACCCACCUCUGAAGAAUUAUUAACAGCCUAUGGGUACAUGAGAGGUUUCAUGACUGCACACGGCCAGCCUGAUCAGCCAAGGUCAGCUCGAUACGUACUGAAGGACUUUGUCACGGGCAAGCUUCUUUACUGUCAUCCUCCGCCAGGAAUUGAAUCAGCCAACUUCCAGCCACAGCAUUCCUUAUAUCAGGAGAGGACAGUGCUUUCUGAGGGUUCAGAAUCAAGAACACAAGGUGGCAGGAAAGUAAAACAGAUUGAGAACGUUGUGGACAAAACAUUUUUCCAUCAGGAAAAUGUUCGUGCUUUGACCAAAGGAGUACAGUCCGUAAUGGGAUAUAAGCCAGGCUGUGGCAGGACGCCACUUACUGCAGCCAGCACAGAGACAGUAUCGGGAAAACCCUGGAAAAAGCAUGGAAACAAAAACAAGAAGGAGAAAGUACGGAGACUUAACAAGCACCUGGAUGCUUAACGCUCAGCUAAAGGACCAAUAUUUUUACAUUUGUAAAAUGCCAUCGGAGAAUAAUCUCGUUUUUAACAUUUCACCCCUAAAAGCCACGCUGUUGAUGUAUUAUUCUGUCAAACAUAAUGGAUUGUGCAAUAAAUUUGGCACCUGUUUAUUCUA